AUGACCGUGCAUCUAUUCGGGGCAGCAUCCUCACCGGCGUGCGCAAAUGUGGCGCUACAGAAGACAAUCAGUACCAACUCGGAGUAUGGCACUGCUGAUCACCUACUACGUAGUUUCUAUGUGGAUGACUACCUCGACUCCGUCACGAAGCCAGCUGAUGGAAUAGAGAAGGCGAAAGGCACCAAAAGGAUAUUGGAAAAGGGAGGUUUUAACCUCACGGGUUGGUCUAGUAAUGACAUAGAGAUCAUUGAAUCAAUACCAACAGAGGACCGCUCUAAGGAGUUACAAAAGAACUUUGAAAACAGCGACACAAUCCCAAAGGAGAGGGCUUUAGGAGUGAUGUGGAAUCCUGCAAAGGACACUCUGGGUUUUCAGCUUUCACUCGACCACAAACCAGCGACAAGGAGAGGAAUCUUAUCGCUUGUUAGUACCGUCUACGACCCAAUAGGUUUGGCUGCACCGUAUGUCCUACCAGCCAAGAUGCUACUUCAGAAACUGACUAAGCAGGGAAUCAGCUGGGAUGAUAUCAUAGACGAGAAGGAUUUAAGUCAGACAUCAUGCUACUUGAGAACUUAG